UCUGUCCGUCGCUCGGCGCGCACACCAACGCACCGUACUCAACUCGUCCUUCUGUGCCCUGCAGGUGUUCGACAUGCGCGCCAGUCUAGUGCUCCUCGUCCUAGGGGUGGCGGUCGUGUCCGCGCAGAGGCGGCUCGCCCUCCCCGACCCCAGGAGUUGUGCCAACCGUGUCCGGCACUCGACCUACCGCGACGCCCGCGGCGUGGCGCACGCCUACUUCUUCAGCUGGGAGCACGCCCCCACCAGGAACCUGGAGGUGGACUGGCUGGACGCGAGGAACAUCUGCAGGAGGCACUGCAUGGACGCCGUGUCGCUGGAGACGCCCCAAGAGAACGAGUUCAUCAAGCAGCGCAUCGCACGCGGUAACGUCCGGUACAUCUGGACGUCGGGCCGCAAGUGCAACUUCAACGGCUGCGACCGGCCCGACCUGCAGCCCGCCAACGUCAACGGCUGGUUCUGGUCCGGCUCCGGCGCCAAGAUCGGCCCCACCACCCAGAGGAACACCGGCGACUGGUCGCAGACCGGCGGCUUCGGCCAGGCCCAGCCCGACAACCGGGAGGCGCCCCAGGGUAACGACGAGUCUUGCCUGGCCAUCCUCAACAACUUCUACAACGACGGCAUCAACUGGCACGACGUGGCCUGCCACCACCUUAAGCCCUUCGUCUGCGAGGACAGCGACGAGCUGCUCAACUUCGUCCGGUCUCGCAACCCUGGCAUCCGCCUCUAAGCUGCCACUUCUGCCAUACUGCAAACAUACAAAACCCUGUUAUUUAAACGUUGCCAAAACGAGAUGAGCAGAUGAACGGAGGUAUGAGUGCGUGAGCGACUGAGAGAAUGUGCGCGUGUGUCAUGUGUGUGAAUGCGUUUCUGAGUGACAGUGAGAAAGAGAAAGAGAAUCACUCUGUGACACGGAACGUUCAGGACCUAUGCGUCAAAAUUUGUUGUUGUUGUUAUUUUCUGUUUUAAAAAAAUAAGAGAAAGAACUACUGUCGUGUCAAGACGA